AUGGACCCUAACAAUGUCAAUCAUCUUGUUUUGCUGUUAAAGUCACCAAAAUCCCAAAAUAUUAAUGCACUUCCAGCAGUUUUAAACAACCUCGUGUAUUAUAUCCCUAGAAUUCAAGUUGAAUCGAGUCUAGUAAAUUUAGUUCAAGCAUUUUUUGAGUCUCCUUUAUUGAUCUAUAUUAAUCCAUUGGAGUUGUUUGAAGCAGGACAGGCUAUUUUCAAGUGGAAGUUACAGAUAUCUGAACCCACAGUCAAGCUGCAUACAUUUUUCAGUAUUUGGAAUGAUCAAUUCCAUCUUUGCCAAUCCUGGACUCUACCUAAAUUAUCCGUUUUGUGUGGUGUUCUCAAAAUGAAGGAUGAGUUUCAUUCUUUACAGAAAGCAUAUUAUGUCGAUGAUAGUGGGCAAUUGACCAAAAUGUUUCAGGAAUGGCGGAAAGAUAUUUUUAUACCUUUAUGGAUUCAAUUGUAUAAUCAAAGCUUCGCUCAGGAUCCGAUUUUAACUGAAAUACUGACAUCUAUUUAUGCUCCAGUUUCUAAAAGAAUAGAUUUAAGAAAUAAAAAUAUGAUCCCGUUAUGGAAUGCGAUAAGUUCAUCCUGUAUGAAGAUUCUUAUUAAGUAUGUUUAUAGAGAAAAUGUUAAUGACCCAAAAGUUACUUUCUAUUUGGAUAACGUGAAUCAUUUUACAAGAAUGUUACAAUUUUCAUUGGUGGAAACGGAUUCUCAGUGUAUUUCUGAUAUAUUAGAUGACCUGAUCAAAGUAUCUUUAGAUUUAUCUCAAUUGGAACUAAAUAGUGUAAUGCCGAACAAGACGUAUGAUAUUCCUUUAUACUCAAGAAAAUUUAUUAGUAUAAUCCUUACGUUACGAUGGUGUCUAGAAUCAAAAAAUUCAAUCCCUGUUGAGUGGUACAAAAAGUCUUUAAUCAUUCUUUAUAAUUUGAAUUAUAUUGCUAACGAUUUUGGUACUGUUGGGUUCGUGUCCUAUGAGUUUGUUCAAGGAGUUUGUAUAAAUGGUAUUCUGGCAUGUAAAAAUAGUAUUGGUGUCACACUUUCAUUGAUUGAAACUUUUGAAAGCUUUGUUGACCCCUCAUUAAGAUAUCCAAAUAAAAUUAACGAUUCAAGGUUAAUAUUUGUCCUAGAGUAUAUUGAUAAUAUUAAUAAGAAAAUAACAGAUUUAGAUAUCAAGUUUGUUACUGAUAUACAAUUUCCGAUAAUAAGUAACCACUUGGUCAGUAGAUUCCAAGAAGUGAGAGAAAGUGCUCAUACUGCAAUGGUAUCAUUACUCUUGAACGGAUCGUGUUCCCCGAUGAUUCUACAGUGGAAAACUAGUCAUAUUCAUGAUUAUGCUUCAAUGGUAAUCAAUCAAUUCAGGAGUGAGAUGUUAACGAAGGAUCAAUUACAAAUAAUUUUCAAAAGCAUUGGAUGUUGUCUGUCCUCAUUACAGACGUUGGAUAGGAACAUUGUAAUGUCUGUAUUACAUCAACUUUAUCGUGCCAUUGUGAAUACGCCAAUUAAGGAUUCGGUCCAACGAGUUGAGCUUAUCAAAUGUCUAAUAUAUCAGUUGCCUUACUGUCAUUCCAGUCAUAUAUGUGAUUGGUUAGAGAAUGUACUUCAGCUUAUUGAUCAGUCAAGAUUGGAGCAGCAAGUUGCUAAUGAAGUUCUGGACUGCACUUGGAAUGUAGUAUCUACUAUGCAUAACGAUGUAUCACUUAGAUGGUGGUACACAAACAUGAUACCUGAUAAAUGUAGGUUCUAA